CAGCACUGCUUCCAGGAAAACCCUGGGGCUGAAAAACUUUUCGAGGCAGCCAGGAGAGAAGGGCUGGUUCAGAGCAGGCAGCCGACGAGAUGGAUUUCCUUCCAAGUUUAUCCCCAGAAACGUGGAUGCUGCUCCUUGUGUUUCUGAUGCUUUUUCUUCUCUAUGGGAUCUGGCCAUACGGGUUCUUUAAGAAGCUGGGCAUUCCCGGGCCGAGGCCUCUUCCUUUCAUCGGGACCUUCCUUGAAUACCGGCAUGGAGUUCUGGAUUUUGACCAGAAGUGCUUUGAGAAGUACGGCAAAAUAUGGGGGUUUUUUGAUGGCAGGCAGCCUGUACUGGCUAUUCUGGAUCCGAUAAUCAUCAAAACCAUCCUGGUGAAAGAAUGCUACACCCUCUUUACCAAUCGCCGGAACUUUGGUCUCAAUGGUGAGCUGGAUUCUGCCAUCACAAUAGCUCCAGACGAGCAGUGGAAGAGGAUUCGGACUGUGCUGUCUCCGACGUUCACCAGCGGGAGGCUAAAGGAGAUGUUACCCAUCAUCCAUUCCUAUGCAGACACAUUAGUUAAAACGGUGCAGAAGAAAGUGGAUAAUGAUGAGUCCAUGGACACGAAGGCUGUCUUUGGAGCCUACAGCAUGGACGUGGUGACCAGCACUUCAUUCAGCGUGAACAUCGACUCCAUGAACAACCCAAAGGACCCUUUUGUCGCCAACAUCAAGAAGUUUCUUAAGUUCAACUUCUUAAGCCCAAUACUCCUGUUAGUAGUGGUGUUCCCCUUUCUGGUCCCGCUUCUGGAGAAAAUGAAUGUGUCUCUGAUGCCCGCAGGAUUCAUGGACUUCUUCUUCAACGUCCUCAAGAAUAUAAAGGAGGAACGGCAAAAGAACAGAAACACGGAUCGGGUGGAUUUCUUGCAGCUGAUGAUUGACUCACAGAACCCAGAUGACAGCGCCAAACCUAAAGAGGAGAAGCAUGCAUAUAAAACACUGACGGACCCCGAGAUUCUGGCACAGGCUCUCAUCUUUAUAUUUGCUGGUUAUGAGACCACCAGUUCCACUCUCAGCUUCGUCUCCUAUAACCUGGCCACUCACCCGGAUGUGCAGCAGCGGCUGCAUGAAGAGAUUGAUGCUGCUCUGCCCAACGGGGCCAAGCCCACCUAUGAGACCGUGAUGCAGAUGGAGUAUCUUGAUAUGGUGGUGAAUGAAACACUCAGAAUCUUCCCCCCUGGCGGGCGGCUUGAACGUGUCUGCAAGGAGACCAUUGAGAUAAACGGAGUGACCAUUCCAAAAGGGACUGUCACCAUGAUCCCAGCCUACGUGCUGCAUCGUGAUCCAGAGGUCUGGCCAGAGCCAGAGGAGUUCAGGCCCGAGAGGUUCAGUAAAGAGAACAGAGACAGCAUGGACCCCUAUAUCUUCCUGCCCUUUGGAGCCGGUCCAAGGAACUGCAUUGGAAUGAGGUUUGCUCUCCUCAGCCUGAAAAUGGCCUUAGUUGUCCUGUUGCAAAGAUUUUCCUUCAGGACCUGCAAAGAUACCCCGAUCCCUCUAGUGCUGGACUCAAAGGGUUUCAUGCAACCCAAGAAUCCCAUCAUACUGAAGAUGGUCCCCAGACCCUGUAUUCAGCCAGAAGAGUAAAAGAGAUUGCAGCAGAGCCUUCUGUCUGAUGUUCCUUCCGCCUGCUCCUGUUGCAUGAGAAGAGGCGAUGUAAAACUGUAUGAGAUACAUUGGUGGAAGCACCCUUUUCCAGCAUCGUGCCUUCACAAGGGGCUGGUGCUAAUUCCACUGAUCUGGAGAAGCACUGAGUGCUCCUUGUGUCAUGACUACUAGCCUUUCAGCCAAGCAGAGGUCAGGGUGCCUCUGAGAGGCCAGUGGCACUGUUAGACAGGAUGCUUUAAGAUGCUUUAACCUCUUCUUAGUGCCUUUAUUUAGACAUGGGCAGUCUCUUUUGGAAGUUUAAUUUACAUCAAGAUAGGAAGGUAAACUGCACACGCAAACAGAAUUAUCCAUUUUAUUCCCAUUCCUACUCUGUCAUAGGAUGAAAGUAUCUUUCUUUUGCUUCUAUAUGUGCAAGCACAUGGUAUUAACUGUGCCUUUUUUCCUGGGCCAUGUAAUGUUUCACUGUUGUGACCCUCUAAGUGGUAGUCAUCAUGUCCUUGCAGGAAAUAAUAUCCAAGGCCAGUUUCUGGAAUGGACUUGUACAGACUUACACAAAUCUGUUCUGAUUUGACAUGGUUUUUAUGAAUGAGUUGGUCAUGAUUCAGAUGGCUAGGGAUGUGUUAGAGAUAAGCAAUUCCCAUUAAGAAUCAGUGAUUUGUGGAGUGGGAGUGAAGUGUACUGCAGGAUCUUUCUCAUGUUUUGCUUAUUUUAUUUCCCUGGGCCUCCAAUGGUCUCCCGUUGGGAGAAAUAAUUUUUGCAUAGAUAUUGAUCUGAGUAUGGGGCUUUUCCAUUUUUUAAAUUUCAUUCCAUUUUUUAAGAUUGACUAGAACUAAGUACAGACAAUCAGAAAGCCCAAGACUGAAUUGAUUCAAUGUUUGCAGGUUAGUCUAGGCUGUGUAGAUUGAACUGAUAAGCAAAUGAACAGACGUUCACUUUUGAUUCGGGAAAUGCAGCCACAUGCCUGCAGUGGCCCAGGCCAGAAGCCAGGGGGUGCUAGAGCAUGAACCCCUGCUCUGCUGGACCAGACAACUUGGGCUAAGGCUAGCCCGACCACCUGUGAGGGGGAGGUGUGCGGGAUGUGCUAAGCGUCCUGGGAUGCUGGGGGACUGAGAGUUAGCUUGUAUCUGGAGGGGAUCUGGGACAAUAGUUCAAUUAGCUGAUUUAACCUAAGUGAGUUAAGUCUGAUACUACAUCCAUCCAGGUUUUUCUGAAACUGGUUUUGGCCAUUUUGAAAGCAAUUUUAUGUGCAUUGAGCUUUUGUUGUAUUAUAGAUUUGAACUGAUUUCUGAUCAUUUAUACUGGUUUAUGUGUAAUUGAUGUCCCUAACAUAUGAGAUUUAAACCAGGAAGAAGAAUAGUACUUUGGCACGGUGCAGAGCUGAGAAAGGCCUUUAUAUCCUUUUAGAAGACUUGAUUGUGGAGGAAGGACUCUACUGCUUGGUACUGAAAAAAGAGAAGUCUCACUGGACCGUGUCACUCCAAGACUAGCAUUAUGCUCAGUACUCUAUACACGUGAUGUGGUUUCAUUUUUAGUAAUCCAAACAGUACUAAUAAAAAAGUGAUUAAAAUAAAAA